AUGAUGAAUUACUUCCCAGAGGAAGUAUUGGAGCACGUAUUCGACUUUGUCACCUCUCAUCAAGACCGUAAUGCUGUAUCUUUAGUGUGUAAAUUGUGGUACACCGUUGAGAGGUUUAGUAGGGAGAGGGUUUUCAUAGGCAAUUGCUAUGCUGUGAAUCCUGAGCGUCUCAUUGCUAGGUUCCCUAGGGUUAAGUCGUUGACUCUAAAGGGAAAGCCCCAUUUUGCAGAUUUCAAUUUGGUACCUCAAGAUUGGGGUGGGUAUGUGUUCCCUUGGAUCGAGGCCAUGGCAAAGAACGGAAUAAAUCUGGAGGAGCUUAGGUUGAAGAGGAUGGUGGUGUCUGAUGAGAGCCUUGAGCUGCUUUCAAAAUCUUUCCCCAAUUUUAAAUCCUUGGUCUUAGUUAGCUGUGAAGGGUUCUCCACCGAUGGACUUGCUGCCAUUGCAUCUAACUGCAGGUUUCUCAGAGAGCUCGACCUGCAAGAAAACGAAGUUGACGAACGCAAGGGCCAGUGGCUCGGCUGUUUCUCCGAAAAUUCUAAGUCUCUCGUCACUUUAAAUUUUGCUUGCCUCAGAGGAGAAGUCAACGUAUCGGCUCUCGAGCGACUGGUCGCGAGAAGUCCCAACCUUAGAAGCCUCAGGCUGAAUCCUGCAGUGCCUCUUGACGCUCUUCACAAGAUUCUGAUGCAAGCCCCUCAACUGAACGAUCUAGGGACGGGAUCUUUUGUCCACGACCCCGAUUCAGAGGCUUGCGGCAAAUUGAAAAGCGCAUUGAAGAAAUGCAAGUCGAUUAGAAGUUUGUCUGGUUUUCUUGACGUAAACCCACGAUGUUUGCCUUCUGUUUACCCUGUUUGCACUAACUUGACGUCUUUGAACUUGAGCUACGCGCCAGGAAUCUACAGCAAUGAGCUGAUAAAGCUUAUUUCUCACUGCAAGAAAUUAGAGCGUCUAUGGAUACUAGACACCAUCGGGGAUAAAGGGCUAAAUGCUGUGGCCUCCACAUGCAAAGAGCUUCAAGAACUCAGAGUUUUCCCAUCCGACUUGUACGGUGUGGGUGGUGAUGCGGGCGUAACAGAAGAAGGGCUCGUUUACAUAUCAUCCGGAUGUUCCAAACUAAAUUCCGUACUUUACUUUUGUCAGCAAAUGACCAAUGCAGCUCUCAUCACCGUGGCUAAAAAUUGUCCCAAUUUCAUCCGUUUUCGGCUCGCAACCCUAAAUCCUACCAUACCAGAUGCAGUAACGAAUCAACCUCUUGAUGAGGGUUUUGGGGCUAUUGUCCAGUCGUGUAAGGGUUUGAAGCGGCUAUCGAUCUCCGGCCUUUUAACCGAUAAGGUUUUCUUGUACAUAGGAAUGUACGCGGAGCAGCUCGAGAUGCUCUCGAUUGCCUUUGCUGGCGAGAGUGACAAGGGAAUGGCUUAUGUGCUGAACGGGUGCAAGAAAAUGAAGAAGCUCGAAAUUAGGGACAGCCCUUUUGGUAAUACGGCAUUACUUACGGACGUGGGGAAGUAUGAAACAAUGCGAUCCCUUUGGAUGUCGUCCUGUGAAGUGACUUUCGAGGCAUGCAAGAUGCUUGCCCAGAAGAUGCCGAGGCUCAAUGUGGAAAUUAUCAACGAUGGUGAUUCGGGUGAAGGAAGCCGAGAUGAUGGGCAUAGGGUGGAGAAGAUGUAUUUGUACCGGACACUUGUUGGGCCUAGGAGGGAUGCACCGGAUUUUGUGUGGACUCUGUAG